AUGACGAAUCGGCUGCAGCAGCAGCAACAGCACAAGCAGCAGCAGCAGCAGCAGCAGCAGCAACAGCAGCGGCACAGCGGCGGCAAUUUUCUUCCCGGCCCGUGUGGCGUCUUGCUCACUGCUGCGUUGCUGCUGCUGCUGCUGAGGCAGCAGCAGCAGCAGCAGCAAACGGUGGGAAGCCGCUGCUGCUGCUUCGCUGCGGCUGCAGUGCUGCCCUUUCGCCCAAGCCGCUGCAACAGCAGCAGCAGCAGCAGCAGCAGCAGGGGUCUUUGCCUGCCUUCACUAUCCUUUGCGCUUGCCGUGCAGCAAGCAGGAGCAGCAGCAGAUGGGGCAGCAGCAGCAGCAGCAGCAGCAGCAGCUGCUGCUGCUGCUGCUGCUGCAGCAAGACCCUCUUUUCUCCUGCCUCCCCGCAUUGCAAAGGAGACAAAUGGAGACACACGAAAGUUCUUUAGUCCUUUUAUCUCGAAGGAGUCUUCUCUCAGCCAAGCAGCAGCAACAGCAGCAGCAGCAGCAGCAGCAAGCAGCAGCAGCGACGGAAGCAGCAGCCAAAGCAAGAGAACCCGCAGCAACAGCAGCAGCACGAAACGCAGCAGCAGCAGCAGCAGCACCAGCAGCAGAAGUGGGGACGCUGGAGGCAACCUAAGGCCGCGUUUCCAGUGGCCCAGCAGCAGAAGCAGCAGCAGCAGCAGCAGCAGCAGUAGCUGCAGCAGCAGCAGAAGCAGCGGGAACAGCAGCAGCAACGCGGCCAGCAGAAGCAGCGAAUUCAGCAGCAGCGUGCAAAACCGAAGCUGCAGCAGCAGCCGCCCCGCCACCGCCACUGCUGCCGCUUCGAGCAGCAGCAGCAGCAGCAGCAGCAACAGCAGCAUCUUGGCAGCUCGCAGCAGCAGCAGCAGCAGCAGCAGCAGCAGCAGCAGCCGCAGCAGCAGCCUCAGCAGCAUCAGCAGCGUAGCGGAUUUGGCGCUGCUGCCCCUCAGGGCCCUGCACGGGAUUUCAACAGCAAGAGAAGCUGUGCUGCAGCAGCAAGCUGGCUGCAGCAGCUGCUUGGAUUUGCUGCUGCACUUUUUGCCUGUGAAGUAUCUUGCCAUUAACACUGUCAGCAGCAAAGAAGAACUGGAACAGGCAGCAGCAGCAGCAGCAGCAGCAGCAGCAGCAGCAGCAACAGCAAGCGCAAGGGGAAGGGCUCAUGGCGGCAAAUCGCAGCAGCAGCAGCAGCAGCAGCUAGCGCCGCAGCAGCAGCAACAAAGUAUCAUGGGCUGUACCCUCUCCGAGCCUGCUGCUGCUGCUGAUGAUGCCGAGCAGCAGCAGCAGCAGCAGCAGCAGCAGCAGCAGCAGCAGCAGCAAACGGAGAUUCCCCUUCACUUGCAGGGCGGCCCUGUCUCCUUUGUAGGCUGUUUAGAACGGGUGAGCAGACGCAAGCAGCAGCAGCAGCAGCAGCUGCUGCAGCAGCAGCAGCUGCAGCAGCAGCAGCUGCAGCAGCAGCAGCAGCAGCAGCUAGGCCACUGCAUGGGCCUUAUGUCUCACUGCCGUCUGCGGGGGCCUUCUCGCCUGAUGCUCUCCACAGCGAAAAUAAGAAGUCUUUUAAGCAGCAGCAGCAGCAGCAGCAGCAGCAGCAGCAGCAGCAAGAGCAGCGACUGCAGCGCCAGCAGCAGCAGCAAUGACAAGGGCAGCAAGAAAAGCCGCAGCAGCAAACGCACUCGAGGCAGCAGCAGCAGCAGCAGCAGCAGCAGCAGCAGCAGCAGCAGCAGCAGCAAAAGCAUUAAUUGUGUUGCUGCGGGCGCCGGUAUUGCUGCUCUUGCUGCUGCUGGCGCGGCAGCUGCUGCUAUUGCAGCAGCUGCUGUUGCAGCAGUUGCUGUUGUCGCUGCUGUGUCUGCUGCUGUUGCUGCUGCUGCUGAUGAUGAUGACACUUUUGCUGCUGCUGCAGAUCCUGCUGCUUCUGGAAGUUUAGCUUACCUUUUGCCAACGGCAGAAAGUGCAUUUAGAGCUGCUGCUGCUGCUGCUGCUGCUGCUGCGGCGGCGACGUCAACAGGUAGCAGCAGCAGCAGCAGCAGCAGCACCUUAGCAGCUGCAGCAGCACCGGCGCUUGCUGAGGAGGAGGCUAGCAGGGAGGCAGCAUGUGCAGAUCCAACUGCAGCAGCAGCAGCAGCAGCAGCAGCAGCGGUGACAGCAGCAGCAGCAGCAGCAGAAACAGCAGCAGCAGCAGAUGCUGCUGCUGCUGCAGGCUUCAAAAGUUGCCAUCGAGCUGCACCCCAGGCCGCAACGAGAGACCACGAGCUGCCGCUUCCUCACCAACAGCAGCAGCAACAGCAGCAGCAGCAGCAGCAGCAGCAGCAGCAGCAGCAGCAGCAGCAGCAGCAGCAGCAGCAUUUGUUUCCGAAGCAGCAGCAGCAGCAACAGCAGCAGCAGCAGCAGCAGCAAAUCCUGCUGCUACUGCUGCUGCACCUCGUGCUGCCUUUGGUGCUGCUGCCGCUGUCGGUCUUGCUGCUGCGGCACUUAGUGUUGUUUCUAACGUAUUACACCGCAACUCCUGCUGCUGCUGCUGUUGCUGCUGCUGCUGCUGCUGUUGCUGCUGCUGCUGCUGCUGCUGCUGCUGCUGACUCCAGGCUUCCCUGA